CGGAUCGGGGCUCCUGCCACCUCCUUCUCGCUAACCUUGCCCUUGCCGCGCAUCAGUCGCGUGCGGCCAUCCCGAUGAACGCCUUCAAUUUUUUCACCGUCCGCCGAUCUUCCGCCCGGCGUGCCGUUUCGCGUGUGUAUGAGACCACCUAAAAUCGCUGAAAGACUCUUUAAAUAGCUCACUGUAUCAUGGUAAUACGGACGAACGGGUCUCUGAGUUUUCUGAACGUUCUUAAAAUUGUAGAGAAUGAUACGUAAACUUGGUGGGGGAAUAUCGUGAUAUCCAUCUUUCGGAUGUAAUGUCAACUUUACAGUGAAGUUUUCCAUUUAAAUUUUACUAUUUUUGAAAUUCGAGAUUGAAUUGGUGGUUGUUAACAGCUUUGAUUGCGAUCGUGUUUCAUCUUGGUACCUAUUUAAAAUUGUAGCGAGUUAUACGUGCGGUUUUCAACUAUCAUAAUUAUUUCGCCAUAAAUGUAUGUGAUAUCCCCUCCCGAAGAUUAAUUUAUUUAAAAUUAAAGUGUAAAUUUGUAGUUUCUUAGUUUUUAGCUGCGGUUGUGAUAAUUUUCAAUCCCGUCUCCUUCUUAAAAUAUUGAGAAAUCAUAAGCACACAUACUCCGGAAAAGUGUUUCAUUCGUGAUAAUAUCCCAGUUCUGUCAACCUUUUAAAAAAUAUUACACCUGCAAAUCGCUUUGUUUACAUUUUGGGCUUAAGCAAGCUAUUGGUUGCUUCAGCUGCGGUUGUGUUAGUGUUGCAACUCGUCCCCGUUCCUGUUGCCCCACUGCCUAUUUCCCCCUUUGCAAAAGCACCAAGACCAAGAUUGACGGCAACUUGUGUUUUAUAACCGAUCAGAUUUUCAUUUUGUCGUUCAUAAUCUGGAACCGAUAAUGAAAUCAGGCGCGACCAUAUCUAUCUUGAUAGCUGCGGCGGCAGUGGUAUACGUCUCGAUGCCGUCACGGAGGGAACCCGAAUGUGUCAUGGAUCACACUUUAGACAUGACUAUAGAAGAAAACAUCCAGUUCCAUCGGUAUCCGCAUGAAAAACACAAAGUACUGACAGAGGACGGUUUUUACCUGAACUUAAUUAGACUACCUCGCAAUGACUCGGACAGACUGCCGGUACUCAUAGUCCAUGGGUUCAUGUCAAGUUCGAGGGCAUGGGUGGCUAUGGGCCCCAACGCUAGUCUUGGAUACAAGUUGUAUGAUGCUGGAUACGAUGUUUGGCUGGCUGAUCUCCGAGGAAAUGAGUAUUCCUUAGAACAUAAUACAUUGAAGAAGACUGACCCCAAAUUUUGGGAAUUCUCGAUCCAUGAGAUGGGAUUGUAUGAUCAACCUGCCCUUGUAGACUUCAUUCUCAAUAAAACGGGUGCUCCAAAGCUCAUUCACAUAGGAUACUCCAUGGGUUCUGGUUCUUUCUUCGUGAUGAAUGCCCUCCAUCCAGAAUUCACUCAUGCUAAGGUCCAGGCUCACAUUGCGAUGGCUCCAGGUGUUUUCUUCAAACACUCAACUUCAAUAUACUGGAAGAUUCAUUGGUUGUUUAUCAUGGUCAACAAGAGAGUCGGUGAUUUCGGUUCCGAAGGGGCAUACGGUCAUGGAUUGAUGCAAUCAGCACUGCAGGGAUUUUGUACGCACAACACAGUCACUAAACUCAUCGGUAAACUCAUAACUUCAGGCAUCACAGGACCCUCCGAUUCAUUCAAUAAUGAGACGAUAUACAUGUCCGUCGUUAAAAAUGGGUUAAUCGGAUCUUCUGUCAGGACGGCUGAGCAUUUUUUACAGAUGCAUUUAAGUGGUAAAUUCCGGCAGUUCGAUUACGGAAGUGCUGAGAACAAUAUGCAGCAUUACGGACAAGCAACACCGCCACUUUACGAUCUCUCUCGCACCACUGUGCCAGUUCAUCUCUUCCACGGCUCGACGGAUGCUGUGUGCAGUCCAAAGGACGUGGAAACACUGACUUCAUUACUACAAAAUUUAAAAAGCAAAACUUUAAUCAAUGAGUCAACUUUCAACCACGCCGAUUUUUUUAUCGGGAAUAAGGCUGUGACGUCUCUCAAUCCCAAGCUGGAGGAGAUCCUAGAGUCAGUCAGUGGCAACGGUCGUACAUCUGAAGUCACUGAAGACGAAAAUACGAUAUCUUGUAAUGGAACUAAUGUAAACUUAGUCGAGAAAUCAUCUUCGACGAAUGUCUCUGGCAGCGUCAGCACGGAUGAUGCGAGCUCUAUGAAUACCAUCGAAAAUUGCAAAAGCAUACGACAAAACAAGAACAAUAGUGACCUAUGAGGUGAAAAUUCUCAUUCAAAGAAUGUAUUUGAAAAUUUGAAAGAAGUCUCUACUUUGCAAUGACUAAAUACGAAGUAGUCGGUAUUUUUGCGUGAUGGAGAGAUUGUGGAUAGCAUUAAAUCCUACAAUUAUUUAGAGAUUGAAGAUCCACCUCCAGAAGUCUGUUUCGAUCUUUUGUUUCAGUUUCGUAGGAUUCAUUGAGUUACAAUCAUAAUAUUUUGCAUGUUUCAGAUUUGUCUAUGUUUCUAUUUGAAUAUUCUUUCAACAGCUCUUUGGAUAAAAUCGCUUAAAAACAGGAAACACCGACCAUGUAUGGGCUGAGGUAGAUUUCAAUCGCCUCGUGUUGCGGUUUAACCUCUGUUUCUUUGAAGAGCAUAUCCGUUAAGCCCCUGUUACACUUAAUAGGAGUUCAAAAUUUUAAGUUCCAAAAUGUCUCAUCAGAGUGCAAACUGUAGUUCGAGUCAUGGAAUUGAACCUAUAACAUGCACACCUAAGCCUCAUAAUUGAUAUUUGUAUAACAUCAUUUGAAAUUUUAUUUACCUUAUCAAGACGUUUUAAUUAGUGAAAAGGUAAUGGGACCGGGUCUGAAA